AAAAAAACCUCGCGGGCGGGCGCCAAGUGAGAAGAGGCCGGGCGGGCGUGAGGGAGACGCCGGGGAGCCCGGACCCCACCCACCUACCCACCUACCUACCCGCCGGUCUUUUCUUCUCCCACCACCACCACCGCCGCCGCCGGGAUGAGCCAUAUUCACAUCCCGCCGGGGCUCACGGAGCUGCUGCAGGGCUACACCGUGGAGGUGCUGCGGAAGCAGCCGCCCGACCUGGUGGACUUCGCCGUGGACUACUUCACCCGCCUGCGCGAGGCCCGCGCGCAGACUUGCGUCCCGCUCACCGCCACCGCCUUGGGUCUGCAGACGCCCGAGCCCGAGUCCUCCCCGGCCGCCGACGAGAACGGGGAGAGUGAAUCGGAGGACGACGAGAUCUUGGACGUUCCAAUUCCUACCAGAUUUAAUAGACGAGUAUCAGUCUGUGCAGAGACCUAUAACCCUGAUGAAGAAGAGGAAGAUAAUGAUCCAAGGGUGGUUUAUCCUAAAACUGAUGAGCAGAGAUGCAGACUUCAGGACGCUUGCAAAGAUAUUCUCCUUUUCAAAAACCUUGAUCAGGAACAGCUUUCUCAAGUUCUCGAUGCCAUGUUUGAAAGGUUAGUCAAAGUGGACGAGCAUGUCAUUGACCAAGGAGAUGAUGGAGACAACUUCUAUGUCAUAGAACGGGGAACCUAUGACAUUUUAGUCACAAAAGAUAACCAGACACGAUCUGUUGGUCAGUAUGACAACCGUGGCAGUUUUGGCGAACUGGCUCUGAUGUACAAUACCCCAAGGGCGGCUACCAUUGUUGCCACCUCAGAAGGCUCCCUUUGGGGAUUGGAUCGGGUAACUUUCAGAAGAAUCAUAGUUAAAAACAAUGCAAAAAAGAGGAAGAUGUUUGAAUCAUUUAUUGAGUCUGUGCCACUCCUUAAAUCACUAGAGGUGUCAGAAAGAAUGAAGAUUGUGGAUGUAAUAGGAGAAAAGGUUUAUAAGGAUGGAGAGCGCAUAAUUGCUCAGGGUGACAAGGCUGAUAGUUUUUUCAUCAUAGAAUCUGGCGAAGUGAGCAUUUUGAUAAGAAGCAAGACGAAAACAAGCAAGGAUGCUGGCAGCCAGGAGGUUGAGAUUGCCCGCUGCCAUAAGGGGCAGUACUUUGGAGAGCUUGCACUGGUCACCAACAAACCCAGAGCGGCUUCAGCAUACGCAGUUGGAGAUGUCAAAUGCUUAGUUAUGGAUGUUCAAGCAUUCGAGAGGCUUCUGGGGCCCUGCAUGGACAUCAUGAAGAGGAACAUCUCAAACUACGAGGAGCAGCUGGUGAAGAUGUUUGGCUCCAACAUGGAUCUGGUUGACCCCGGAGAGUAGCUGUGCCACAUUCCCAGAGCCUUCUCAGUGUGACACCAACAUCUUCUGGUCAGCCACAGAACACACACAGAAAAACAGACACGACAGAACUGUUCCUGCUGUUACCAUGGCCGCUGCCAUUGCUGUGGUUACGGGCAUUUAGACAACUUGAAAGUCAGCACUAAAGGAUGGACAAGAGGUUCCACCUACACCUCCACUUUGCUUCUGAAAAGCCCACUAGACCACUUGUAAUGAUUACUCCAACCCAGUUUUCACAUCUUUGGUUCAGAAUGGCAUGUCUCUCCAACAAAUUUUAAGUGCCUGAUAAAAAGUCCAAAGUGUAAAACAUCCUCCUUUUCCUCUCUCGCUGCUACUAUUGCUUUUUUGGAAGUUACUCAACAGUUCUGCGGAAACCUGUUAAAUAACUUUAGACACCUUCUUCUUCUCUUAAGGGAGGAACUGUUGUAGCUUUCAACCUCCUCAUCUGUCUUUUGAGAAAGUCCCACAGUUGGUUCACCGUUGCUGCUUUUGGUUUUGUAAUGGAAAAGGGCAGCACAUGUCCUGGAGAUCCAUGGUCCAGCGUUUGUUGUACUGUCUCCUGACAGCUGCACACCUAACAGCUGUCUGUCUCCAAGCCCUCAGUGAUACUUAGCGAAAGACCCUGUUAGAGGGCCCUAGCAAGUCAGUACUCCAGAACAGAUUAAAAAGUCACUAGGACCCAUGUUAGAGCAGUAAAUUUGGAAUCAGUGCAUUGAGCCAGGAAAGGUUUUCUGGGUUUUGUAUUUUCUUUCUGUUGUGUUUUAAACAGAUUUUUAUUUUGUUUAAUCUCCGUGUAGUUUGCAUGAACAGAUGUCUGAGGAGCCAAGGGUACCAGUUAGCUCAACUGGCUAGAGAGCCAAGAAGCCAGGGUCUGGAGGUGUCAAUGCUUUCUCUGACCUAAAUACUUGGCUGAACAACUUCUGCCACUUCUCAGUUCCUAUUGCUGCCUCUGGUUAAGGGCAGUACACUUAACAACAGGUUUUGCUACACAGAGAGCCCUUUCCUUCUACUUCUGAGUUCAUUGUUGCAUAGCUUGGCUAUGGAUCAUCCAUUUUUUCAACUCUUUAAGAAAGUUAUUUUUAAAAAGAAACUAUUGGUCUAGGGCAUUCCCCUUGGACAUAUUAGUACAUGUGGAGUUUAUCAGCUGACUCAGGCAUUCAUUGUGAAAAUUGAUUUGUUUCAAGAAAUUGGCUUCAUUAGAGGUGUCUUACGAUACAUGUAUUUACGAUACAUGUAUCUCAGUGGUAGAGUGCUUUCCUAGCAUGUGCAAGGCCCUGGGUUUGAUCUCCAGCACUGAAAAACAAAAAGAAAACUCAUUUACAGAAUUACUGUGAAGUCCCUUCUAGUCAAAAUGUUGGGAUAGGUGGCGUUCUAUCUGUUAAUCCUCAAGGAACAUAAUUUAGAUAGUAUUUUAACUUUUUAAGCCUUUUAAUUUAUAUUAAGUAGAAUUCAUUUUAAUAGCUACAGUUUAGGAUGAAAAUUUUUUCCCUCAGAAUGACAGGUUCAGAGGCUACAAGGGAUCCUAUAAAUAAUGUGAAAUUUGCACAAAUUCAAAUAUUGUAAGCCAAAUUUAUAUUAGCUCAAUAGACCCUCUCCACUAUGAUUCUUUUCUUGAUAACAUGUUCAUUUCUCGGUAAAUCCUUAAGCAAUUAUGUGCUGGAGCUUGAAUCAUUCCUGAUAUUGAUAAUAAUGGAGCCCAUUAUAAUACCAUCAUUAUCCAUGUAAGACUGUCUGCUUUUGCCAUGGACACAGUUGCCAAGAGAUUUCAGAGUGGGUAGCCCCCCCCCCAACUUGGUAAUUCCUCCUCCUUUCAUGUGUUCCAUGAAGUAAAAGCAAGACUCUUUCAGACUGCCUCCCUUGCAACUUUUAGAAUCUUGAAAGGCUAUAACUAAUACUCAAAACCAGGCAGCUGAGCACUGGGAAAACCCAGGCAGUAAUCCCACCUUUUCCUAAGGGUCUUCUUUUCUAUCGUGUUGCUUUAUUCGUCAAUAAAUUCAGAAAGUAGACCUUGCACUUUGACAAGAAGCAUUCCUGUUUUUUGUAAUGAGGAAAAAGGUACAUUAGGCUUCAGGAGUAACACAAAAAUCCAGCCCCAAACCUAGUAAGGACUAUAUAAAAAAAACAUUGAGAUAAACCCCAUCUCUACCCUCGAUGCCAGCAUUGGUUAGGGCUGGCUCUGAAUCUUGUGCCAGAGUUACUCCUGCAGACUACAAAGGAUGGGCCUUCUCAUCCUGCUCCUCCCACAUCCCAGUUUUCAGUCUAGUCUUCCCAUUCAGAGUCCUCCCUGACACUCCAGGUUUGCUAAUGGUUGCUGUUUUACAGAGUAGAAUUCAUAAGUGACAACAGGUCAUCAGUCUGGAAUCCUCACUUGGAAGCAGGAGACCUGUGGUGGGUUGAGCCAAGAAUACAUCAAGCUUGAGGACAGAGGGGAGGAGACAUUCAAGAGAAUAAUGUGAGUAAAAAAAGACAUAGCCAUACCACCAUGCCAGGACCUGACAGUGUUCCAGUUCUCUUUCUAGCUUGGAGAGUCAAAGAUGGCAAACCCAAGUUUGAAGAUGGCUGGGGUGUCUACAUUGUGCCAGGCAAAGCCCUACAUUUGAUGAUUUAGCCUCUUAAGAAGGAGCAUAUGUUGGGAAGAGAUUCCUUGUUAACUGUUUCAUGUUCUCUUCUAAAGGUUAGAACUUUACCUCUUCUUUUCUGACUUUAUAGUCUUUUUUUUUUUUUUUUUUUUUUUUGAUGAGAAGAAUAUUCCAAAGGGCCUUGAGGUCCAACCUGCAGUAUUGUUCUUCCUUUUGGUCCCAAGAUAUCCCACCCACUCUAGUGAUUAAAUUCUCUGAAGAAAGGGUUUAUGUAUUUGUAUCCUCUUAGUUCACAGUCUUCAUGUAUAAUUAUAUGUCACUGCUAUAGAUGGCCAGAAAUCAGCGUAGAGCUUUUUUUUUUUUUUUUUUUUUGAGCAAUUUCAUGAGCGAAUUCAGCAAAGUGGCAAGAAAAGUUUCUCCAGCUAGAGAAUCUGAUUGCCCAGACUCACAAUAAGAGUAGUCAAAGAUGCUAUUGAUACCCAGUGACACUCAUACACAGCAGCGUUUUGUGGUGUGUCACAGUGUACGAGCAAUCUUUUGUCAUUGAGGGAAAAAAAGUGCAGAUACUUUGCACAGAGAGAAAGGAGAAGGAUCUAUGAAUGUCAUCUUUCGUCUUUUCUGUUUCAGUUGGUUGAUGUUAGAAUUUUGUUUUAACAUGCACUUGUAAACCAUUCUUGCCAAGAUCUGACCUUUUUUUUUUUUUUUUUUCACCACUACCAUUACCUCUUGUUCCUCCUGUCUUGAUUGCUGACGAUCCUCAGUGACUCUAAUGUCUAUUUUAUGGGAAACAGCCUUCCCAUGGGUUUCCUUUUACACACUGUAGGGCUAUCUUUAUACUUUAAAACAAUUUAAAAAAAAAAAAGGAUGAAAACUGUCAGUAACCUCAUGAGGUAUUUGCAGAAAAUCAUUUAGCCCACCUUGAGUAAAGGAUAGAUUCCUCUUUUUUUGUUGUUGUUGUUGUUGUUGUUUUUAAGCUCAUUGUAAUUAAAGAAACCUAAUUCAGCAUUAUUGUGCUACCUCAAAGGUUAAAAAAAAUAUAUUUUAAGAUCAUCUUUUGGUCCUAAGUUCCACACACAGCGUUUGAAAUGUCUUUCAAUUGGAAUUAUUUUAUAAAUUGUUGGGGGUAAAUCUUAUUUUAACCUAUUUUACACUUGUAUUUUAAUCUUAGAAGAAAAGUGGUUAGAAAGCAAACAAGACUUGCUCUGUGGUAUUGAAAAUAUAGUUUAAAGUCAUUAAGAGUUAAAUCGUUGUUUGCCAUAAAGAAGCUUGGGGUUUUGGUUUUUGGUUGUUUUUGUUUAUGUUUUUUAAAGGAAACUCUAGGGCUUGGCUUCACUCUUGGUUAAUAAAGGCUGACAAAUCCUGUGUGA